GAAUAUCAAAGAUUGUGGUGCUCGUACUAUAGUUGGACAUGAUGGUGCCUUUUCUCCUGUUCCUCUCCGACCCGGAGAAGACGCGUGGGCAGAAAUUAGACCGCAUCUAGUGGCUAAUCGUCUGAUCCGCGAAUUCCGACUGAUACCUCAGGUUUUUGGCUAUGUCGCUUUUCUAAAACGCUGUGACAAAUUUUCAGAGGUGGUCGUAGACACAACAACCAGCUUGGAGAAGUGUUUGGUGUUUCAUAAGAAACAAAAACAGCAAAAACGCGAUGCAGAGGUAGAACACGAAAUAAAAGGCAACGUUGCAGCUGCCUCAAAUACAAACAAACACAACAAGGACAAAAAGAAUCGUAACCAUCUUCACAUUCAGAAGAAGAACCUCGACCACGUCCCUGACUUCAGUCCUCCAGCUGCAAAGGAUUAUGGUACCAAAAUAGUCUUACCACCAGAGGUACGGGAAGCUGUCGAAAACGCAAGGAAAGAGAAGGCUCGACGGUCCUUUACUCUGCAACAGGAAGAGAUCUUUGGAAGAAGUGACAUAUGGAAGUAUGGCGAGUUUCUAAAUGAGUCGUUGAAUCCUACGUUUCAGUGGUUACAGUUUCAUUUUGAGGGGUUCUUGAACUGGAUCGCCCUUUAAAAAAAACGGUGUAGACUAUGACUCUUUUAUCUAACUACUGGUCUUCCCUCGUGUCGUGAAUGAUCUUUAACGGAGGUAGAGUCAGAGCAGUACCGUCUAUUCAUCUCUCUAACCCGAAGAGGACCAACAUGGACGUAUGAGUUCUCGUGUGGCAUUUCCUGUACCGAAUCGCCGCGUGGUUCAUUAUCGCAAUGAGCACGAUUAUGAACUGGAGCCUUUAGCUGGAGGUGUGGUUGUGCCAGAACAGAGGAUAGAAUCAAGGGUGCUCGUACCAGCAAGAAAAAUUGUUGAACCACAACAUGACGGGAAAAAGGAACGAGUGGAUGAAAAAAAAGCUGCAGACAAGAACCUGAUGCUGGUUGAAGAAUCCGCGUCCACCAAAAUCAAUAAGCAACAAGACGAGUUGACCGCAGAAGGAGCAAAGCGGACGUUGAUGUUUGAG